AGAAAAGAGAGAGAGAGAGCUCGACGAGGAAGUAAUUAAUUUUUUGUUUUAAUACAAGAGAGCUAGUUAAUUAGCGAGGAGUAAAAUGUCAUUUAGGCUCAAGAAAAAACAAAAAGGAAAACAGGAUGCUUUAGCUCAUUGAGAGCCCGACUCAGCAAAACAUAACUGCGUUCCGCAACAAGAAUGGGUAGAGGCAGAGGAGGAGGAGGAGGAGGAGGAGACGCCGAGCUUCACGCGGCUUCGAGGUCAGGUGACAUGAAAGCGAUGGAGACAAUUGUCAGCUCAAACCCUUUGGCUAUUAACUCUAGAGAUAAGCACUCUAGAACUCCAUUGCAUUUAGCUGCAUGGUCUGGGCAGGCUGAGGCAGUGACUUAUCUCUGCAAGCACAAGGCUGAUGUUGGCGCUGCUGCCAUGGAUGACAUGGGAGCAAUUCACUUUGCUUCCCAAAAGGGUCAUUUAGAAGUUGUCCGAACUCUGCUUUCAUCUGGGGCUUCCAUCAAAGCUUCCACCAGAAAGGGCCUUACUCCGCUUCACUAUGGUGUUCAAGGGUCCCAUCUUGAGCUAGUCAAAUACUUGGUAAAGAAAGGAGCAAGCCUUACUGUCAGGACAAAAGCAGGAAUGACCCCUCUUGAUCUUGCAACCAAUGAAGAAAUCCGCUUGUUUCUGGAAGAAAGUGAAAAGACAUCGAAGAAAGAAACCCUGAAUGGAAAAGACAAAGCUGAAGUAUCUGAACCAAAGACAUCAUUGGAGGAUAAAUCAGAGUAUUCUGGUGGUGAAGCUACUGCUGGGGAGCAUGAAGAACAAGUGAAUGAAAGUGUUAAGAGGAAGGGUGAAGCAGAUGAUACUAAGGAAACCUCGUCAGAACUGAAGAGAGCAAGAGUUGCACUCAAUCAUCUUCUGAGCGCAGACGACACUCAGGAAGAAGAAAACCUGUGAGGAUAGUAUAUAAGAUAGCGGGCUAACCAACCUUUUAACCAAGCAUCCCGGCAACAAUGUUCUUGUCUUAGGGUAUAUCAUUUGUAUGACUUGAAAAAAUCCUUCUUUUUCACUUGCUUUUGGACAUGGAUUUGCUUGUGCGACUCCGAUUGAUUUACUAAUUAUCUUACUUUGUGCAA